GAAGAUCAAACGUAUACCUUGCACGAAGUCGCAGAAACCCAAGGAUUUGCAACACUACUGGGACCCCCACGCCUUAACAUUGAAAUACAUCAGCUCCCCCUGGGCAACCCUACAACCAGAACAGGGGCUCCGCUACCUCGGCGCAGAAGACCAUCUCGACAUGACCCACAGUGCAACUAACCCCUCUUACACAAAGAUGGAUCCCGUCGUCGUCGCCGCCUGCCUCCACCAUCAGACAAACCGAACUUACCUCCUUGUUGAACACAGGAGCUCUUCGGUACUCCUCUCCCACAACAGUUCUUCGAAGCACCAUCCCCAAAG